AUGCCAUUUGGGUUACGCGGAGCUCCAGCCACUUUUCAACGCGCGCUGGACAUAAUUCUAUCACGCGUCUUCUUUCAGCCACGCGUACACUACCUGGGGCAUGUGAUAUCUCCAGGGAAGUUAAGCGUGGCAGAAACCGCAGCGGACGCGUUCAAGACAUUUACAUUUUCCCGAACGUUGACACAAGUCAGGUCAUUUCUCGGGGCAUGUAAUGCCUACCGCCGCUUUGUGCAGGGGUUCCCGAAAAUCGCGCGCCCCCUCACCGAUAUGACGCGGAAGGACGCGGAUCCGGACUACGAUAACCCGACCGCGGCUCAGGUUCACUCGUUCGAAGAGCUGAACGCGCGGAUGAUUGCGCCCCCUAUUCUCGCGCUCCCGAGGUACGGACGGCUGUAUAUGAUUGAUACUGACGCGAGCGCGUAUCAACUGGGGUGCACGCUUUUACAAGAGCACGACGGGACCAACGAUUGGCGUCUCGUCGGCUAUUGGUCGUAUUCCAUCAACGAUAGUGAGCGGAACUACAGUGCGACUGAACGCGAAUGUUUCGCCGUAGUGUGGGCCGUCCGCACACUACGGCCCUACAUUGAGGGAACCAAAUUUACGGUGAGGACAGACCAUGACGCGUUACGAUGGCUGAUGUCCCUCACAGAAAGCUCCGGCCGACUGACGCGUUGGCGACUACGGUUAGCGGAGUAG